CCUGUGAAUAACUUUCUGCCGCUGUAAUCCUGCCUCAGUGCUCAGUUUGACACCAACAACCAAAACUACAGCAAAGUUGAAGAGAAAACAAAGAAGAAAGUUGGAGAAGGAGCAAAUUAAAGACAAGUGAGAGAAAAGACAGACACCAAGGAGGCAAAGAGAUGCUGACAGAAGUGACUGAAGCUCUUUCAUUAGAAGUCUUCCUUGUGUAACAGGUCCUUUGCGAGUCUCCCGCUCUUCUGUAUUAGUUUACAAAAGGCAUCUUUAAUGCUGUCUGAGAGCACGCUGUGAGGCAGCAAGGAAGCAAGGGGAGUGGAUCGCUAUCUCGCAGACAGCUUUUCUGCGUGGCAGACGAGGUGUGAGCCGGGGAGCUGGACUGGACUGUGGUGUUCCGCGGAGGAGGUGGGAGAGGAGGAGGAGGAGGAGGAGGGAGGACUGAGGAGCAAGCUGGAGAGAUGGAGGACGGGACCAAACACCUGGGACACUGCAGGGUGGACAUGAAGGAGCUGAGCACUAACCCAGGAGGGCUGACUGCUGCCGGUGUUAUUCUAACACCCAAGUUGCCUCAUGUGGAGUUCAGCCUCGCAUGUAAUGAUCUGGUGGCCUCAGGCAGAGACAGGAAGCCCAACGCGCUCAUCCAGGUGGCUGUCAUAGACCCCCACGAGCAGUGCCUCGUCUCCCACGCCUGCACAGAGAUAGUGGAGGCGAACAGAGACCCGCUGUUUCUGACGGGGGUGACCUUCCCUCCAGAGUAUCCUGCUAGCCCAGAGACACUAGUCAAGCUAACUGUCUAUGAUGCGAAGGACAAGAGCCAGGAUUCAAGCAGUUUCCUGGGUAGUGCCACGUUCUCAUUGGGCGAUCUGCUGAGGGCUAAAGACGAGCAACUGACCCUGAAUCUCAGGUCAUCUGAUGGUGUGUGUGCAGCUGGAACAGUGGUGGUGAGUCGUCUGAAGAUGGGGGAGAUGGAGGAGGUUGACGUAGACCACAUCACCACUGACAUACCAGCACAAAAGUGUCCCUUGGUUUGUGAGUCUGCAUCCCAUGCCUGCAUCAACAGAGACGAUAGCCUGCUGACAGGGCCUGUGUUCAAGAACCCAGUAUGCAAGGUGUACAGAUUUCAAACAGUGGAUGGCAAGUGGAUGCUUGUGCGGGAGCAAAUGGAGGAGUGCACUCUGUCCUUCAGCAUCCCCAGGCAGUUGCUCUCACUGUACAUUCAAGAGGACAUGAAGAGGAUACAGGAGUUGAGGGAGCUCGGGGAGCUGUCACCUCACUGGGACAACUUAAGGAAGGAGGUGAUGACGCGUUAUGGAGGGAUCAUCAGCUCCUAUCAAGACACCUUGGCUGAAUUGGACAAGAUUACCGGUCCUUCAUUCAAACCAAGCUGCUGCAAAGCCCAGAAAUCUCUAGAGUUCAUCCCAGUAAACCUGCACACCCAGAGGAUGAGAGUGACAUGUCCCAGAAAAGCAGAUGCAUUCUAUGACAUUGUCACAGUAGGUGCUCCUGCAGCCCACUUCCAGGGCUUCAAGUGCGGUGGUCUACAGCGGCUUUUAAGCAGAUAUGAAGCAGAGAAAAAGAGCUUCAGCACUGCCUACCAGUGUAUCUACUACUCCCCAGAGCACACAGCCAAAGCCCAGGAGGUUCUGAGCACCAUGAGCCACCUCCAUCCCCUCAUCGCUAGCUUAGCGGACCAGCUCCUCCAGGCCGCCCAGGAGCACUCUUCCCCUGGACUGAAGGAUGCACUCAAGAACCUGUCUGACAAGACAGAACAAUUUGCUCACACUCUCAAAGAUGAAUUGGUCAAGAGCGCCCUGCUAGCACUGCACGCAGCACGGCCUGGCUACGUGUCCAAGAACCAGAAGCAGGGCCAGGUGCAGGCGGGCCAGCAGCAAGGCCACGUCCACCAGAGCGUGAGUUCUAACCCAGGCAGCGGCCAGAACCAGAGUCCUGUCCAGAGCCUUCCAGGCCACAGUCCAGCCACGUCGGUCGCAGAGAGCACUGUGAUGUGUAAUAAUGUGGAAGGGUCACAAACCACGACUAGAGGAGAAGGUGCGCCUGUGCCACAGAAGUGCCAGCAGGACUCCAUACCGCACCAUAAAGAGUACGAUGAGGAGGAAUGGGACAGGGUGUGGGCCAGCGUUGCCAAAAGCCUCAACUGUGUCAUCGCCAUGGUGGACAAACUCCAGGAGGAAGACAACAGCAAACAGGAGCUGAACCCUGAGCAGCAGCUGGCUGAUGUCAUCACCUCCCAUAACCCAGGUGACUGGAGAGAGCAGCUGUGCCCACUGGUGACCAGGUUAAAGGAGUGUGUGACAGAGGUGGUGGAGAGAGCUAAGCGGGCCAUGACGUUUGUGCUCCUGCAGGAGGCAGCCUGCAGCAUCCCACAGGGUCUUCUCCUCCAACAGAGGAGAGAUGUGGUCUUCAGUCAGGCACUGGCAGCCCUCUCCUGUGGUUUCAUAAUGAGGCUGUACGCAGGAAUGGAGGACAAAGGUUUCUUGAGGCAGCUCCACCUGGUUGGCCUGGUGGCCCAGUUUGAGAGCCUGCUCAGCACCUACAGUGAAGAGAUUGGCAUGCUGGAGGACAUGGAAAUUGGAAUCUCAGAUCUGAACAGAGUUGUGUUCAGGAUCACAGAGGCAAAGACAGAUGACCUCAGUGACCUCCAGCCCUUAGUCUGUGGCCGAAGAGACCACGUCACUGUAGAAGUGCCAUUACCACGGCUUGUGUUCCAGUCUUUGCCCGAAGAGAUCAAGGAGGGCAAGCCUGUACGAGUAUUCCCGGUGCUGUUUAAUGUGGGCAUCAAUGAACAGCAAACUAUAGCAGAGAGGUUUGGAGACAUCUCGCUACAAGAGAGAAUAAACCAGAAGAACUUUGAGAUUUUAGAAGCCUAUUACAAAUCUUUAAGUGAAAAGGUGCCACUAGAAUGUCUACCAUGUUUUCAGACACAGACUGAUUUAAAGGAAUUACUUGAAACCCUUGGCCAGAAUGUAGUCACAAAGAAGAAGAAGAAUGUGGAGAUUCUAUGGCUUGCUGGAACGAUUUGCCGAAGAUUGAAUGGCAUCAGGUUCACCAGCUGUAAAAGUGCCAAAGACCGGACAUCCAUGUCUGUCACUUUAGAGCAGUGUGCCCUCCUACGCGAUGAACACCAGCUCAGCAAGGAUUACUUCAUCCGUGCUCUGGACUGUAUGCGGAGAGAAGGAUGUCGGAUUGAGAACGUACAAAAGAAUAUUAGAUGCAGGAAAUAUGCCUUCAACAUGUUGCAACUGAUGGCUUUUCCCAAGUGCUACCGACCACCAGAGGGGACUUACGGGAAAGUUGACUCUUGAGGAAGUAAGGCAUGUAAAACCAGUGAUUCUGUGUUAUCAAAAUAGUAAAUGCCAGCCAAAUAACAUCAGUCACUUUGUAAAAUGAUGUACAUUAUAUAUGAUGAGUGAAACAUUUUUUAAACCUGUAAUCACAAUUUGCUGGAUGUUUUUUUUUGUUUGUUUGUUUGUUUGUUUUUGUUGUUGUUCUUGUUGUUUUUUAUUCUCUUGUUCUGUUGGUAGCUGCGGUAUGUGCGGCUGCUGCACAUGCAGCUUGAUUUGCCAAACACGUUACUUGUAAAGUGAAAGCACUUUCUAUUUCUGUUGCCUUGCUCAUAAGUCAUGACCUAAACAGUGACAAACAAUACUGUGAGCUAUUUGUAGCUGGACUGGUUUUUUUAAUUACAUGUCUGUGUGGAAUGGCAUUGUGGCUUCAGGUAGUAGAAUGUGCAUGAAGAAGUUUCUCCCAUAAACAAGAAAUCAGCUGGAGAGAGCCUGUGAUUUACAAAACAAAAGUGCCAUAAAUAAUGGUCUCUUGACAAUGAAUGGAAAAUAGUUUGUAUGGCCUCCUUCCAUGUUUCGGUGUAAUGAGCUUCAUAUUUUGGCAUUACUAUCAGUUUAAAAAACAAAACAAACAAAAAAAAAACAAGUGUUACUGCCUAGAGAAUCACCCUGAGGCAAUCUCAUUGACAGAUUUAGUGUAAAUUUCUGUAAAAUAUCACUUACUGUAUUUGGGGGCUUAGCUGUCCUUGAUUGAUUUUUUGGCUGCAUGUGGCAGACAGUGUACGUUCACUAAUAUGGACCAAACUGUCCCAGGGCUUGCAGUAUGAAUAACAUGCAGAUGGGUGACAAAGUCAAAGAAAAAACAACAUUUAGUAUCUCAGUAAGGUGUUGGGCCUCUGGAGCUCUCGUGGAAGGAUAAAGCACCAUUCCUCCAAAAGAUACUGUAGAUAUAGAUAUUAUAGUAGCGUUGCAGUGCAUAAAGUCCUCAUUACAAAGAGACAAAUGCACAUUUGAGAGUUCAGUGGUGCAAAAACCAUUGGCACUGGUCUACAGAGAUGUGGAAAAAAGUAAUGUGGUCAGACGAGUCCUCAUCAUCCACCAUAUUCUGGACAAGUGGGCGAGUGCACCAAGAGAAGGCUCCACAUGUGUUAGACAACACACUCUACCAUCAUCAUCAAAACACCAAAUGAUAGUGAAACGGUGCUCCAUCCACCCAUCAGAGAUCCAGAGAUUUGUAGAAUCUAUGCUGGGGAGCGUAGAAGCUGUUUUGUCGGCUCAUGGUGGUUCAACACUUAAGUCAGAAACUUUAUGUUGUUUUUUACUUCAAUUUGUCACCUGUCUGUAUUUUGAAGCCAAAACUGAGUGGUUUCCUUUUAACAGCUGAGUAUAACAAUAUCAUUGCCAACUCAUCCCAUUCUGUGCUACGGCUGCAUUGAGCUUCACUAUAUCUGUAGUAUUUUUAUAUUAUAAAGGUACAGCGCUAUGAAAGCAUCUGAUGUACAGCCAGAAAUUAGAAUAGGAUUGAAAUAUGUGGACCAUCUUUUCUACCGGUUAUAUAAGGAAUUUCAUUAUUUAUUUUUGUAAUCUAAAAUGAUUUUAUAUUCCAAGGGUCAGUACCUUGGACUUCAGCGUCAUUUAAUGUUUCAAAUGUUUUUGUUGUUAUACAUUGCACAUUCAGCAUUGUCUAUUUAAAAUUAAAUAAAAGAAUGGUUUCUUUGACAUGGA